AAAAGCCACCAAGCCUUGGGAGAAGCCGUCUUUGCCGUGCUUGUGUGGUUUCCGUGGUUUCUGUGGUUCUGUGCUGCGCACCUCUCGCCGCAAAAAAGGCCCAGAAGUGCGGGCGACGACGCUAUGUGCGACGCACUACGGCUCUCCCGUUCCGAGCUGGGGGAACUGGCUGGGGGCCUUUUUGGGCUGGGGGCGUACGGAGAAGUAACUCGUAACUGGGGCGUACCAAACAAGGGCUGCUCAGCGCUGUCUCUCCGUCUUCCAAGGACCCCCAGCGUUCCCCCCCCCCUCUCCCCACCGAAAAAUCUCCUCUGGGCCGCCGCCGCCACCUACGCUGUUGAGUUCGGCGGUACUACGACGCAACUACGUAGGACCUUCUGCACAUUUGUCGGGCUGGUGCAGCGACCUUACAGCACUAAUCACACCCGUGGACUGCGCUGCAUCCGCUCCGCUCUGCGCUAUUCUGUUCUGGCCGGCGGCUGCAAGCUAGCAUCAUUCCUUCCCUUUCCUUCCCAUGGCCACAGCCACAGCCACUCAACUCUACCUACUCAACUCUACUCUAUUCUGCUCUACUACUCUGCUCCCACUCGGCCACCUGGUUUCUCGAAUACAACUCAACUCCCACUUUUGCCCGCUGCCACUCACUCUGCCGCUCUGCCGCUCUGCCGUCCGCCAACCCCGACUCUGCGGGAAACACACACACACAUACGACACUACGGCGUCUUGCCCCCCCAGCCUGGAUGACACGAGCAGUCCAACUGACAACGUCCACCUCCACUGCCGAAUCCCGAUCCCAGGUCCCAGAUCCCACUCACGUCCAGUCCGCUUCUGUCGAUCCACGCAU